AUGGCCAUUUGGGAUCAUGUUAGCAAGAUACGAGGUGAAUAUUACUACAGCAUUGCGGGUGACAUCAAGGCUCGAACCUGUGCGGAGUUGGAUAUUCUGCACACUUUGGCAGCCAUUCAGAACAAGCCAGACUGGUGGACCAAGGUGUCCAAUACAGAAAUUACAAAUCACUGGCGCAAUGAAGUCGUGACUUCCUUGGAAGAAAUACAGGAAAUGGAAGACCGUCAACCCGAUCUUGACAACUACAAUCAGCAACUCUUCAACUAUGCCCUGGCGGAGGCUCAGUGGAAAGCCAGACAGAUAAUUCAAAAAGGACAACAGCAAUCCAGUGUCCCUGCGGCCGUUGAUGGAGUAUUCUGUCGACAAUCUGUCAAUGGUGGGUUACUCCGGACUCUCAAUCAACACAUUGCCACUUUGCGGAGUCGUCCUGCCAUUGGAUCCGAUCGGGAAGAUCGUCAUCCAGGAACCCCACAAAUGGUGGAUCUAAUCCAUCCAUCUUUGUACUGCUAUGAACAAGGUACAACCUUGGUUCUUGAAGGAGUGGGAUCAGAAGCAGUCUGCCAACCUGACAAUUGGGACAAGUUCCUUGGGGCAGGCACAGUCAAAGAAGAGAAGCGACUAACACUGCACGUCCAUAGCGAUGCCAUAUCCAACGCUGGGCUGCAGUGGCUCCCGGCUGAAUUUCAUGUCAAUAUGGAGGGGACAGAAUGUAAGAUUGCAAGCUACAUCAAUUCACUACAUCCUGUUGAGGAUGCUAGCAUGUAUUCUUCAAUCUCGGAGCUCUUUCUGGAGGCAUUGCCAUUGUUGGAGGAUACUCUCACACAAUCAUUGGAGGACAAGUCCAAUCCAAAACCUCUGCGUGUUGAGGUCCCUAAUGAAAUGGACUGGUGGGAAAAACCAUCAGAGGAAGGGUUUCGACCAAGAAGAGAAGAUGAGGAAGAAUACGUCUACCAGGAUGAGUGCUGGGAAUGGCAGAUGGAGAACCGAAAGUUCCUGUUUCCCACUUUGGGCAACUUUGAGCCGCCAGAGCCACCAACAGAGAACAACCACAUUUCCUUGCAUGACCGCCCCUUGCAAGUCAUUGCCAAGAUUGCUUCUCUGGAACUAGAACCAGGGGAGUCAUAUUCUGGAGGAACUUGGCAUCUGGAGGGUGCACUGGAUGAGCGAAUUGUUGCAACAGCUUGCUGCUACUUGGAAUCCACGAAUGUUUCUGGUGGAGAUUUGGCAUUCCGUGUUGCCGUGGAAGAACCUGACUAUGAGCAGGAUGAUGACAAGGGAGUCAAACUCAUGUACGGUCUGAACUGCGACCAACCUUUGGUUCAGGUGAUUGGAACAUGCUCCACUCCAGCUGGGCGCAUUUUGGCUUGGCCCAAUACGCUGCAGCAUUGUGUAGGCCCUGUGGAUCUGGUCGACCCCGAACAGAGUGGCAAACGAACCAUCUGCUGCUUCUUCUUAGUGGACCCAACACUUCGCAUCCGUUCCACAGCAACCGUACCGCCACAGCAAAUGGCAUGGUACUCUGACAAGGUCAAACCAACCCUUGGAGAUGUGGGUCUCAUAGAAGAUGGUAGUUUAAAAAAAUUGUGUCAUACUUGCCCAUGA